CGAUCCGGACGCUAGCCGUGCAUAGCACGCAUACACCAUAACAAACUUUCGAUCAAAUGAUCUUUGAAUGCGCGAGGUAGCGUAAGAAGGGUGGUUAUAUUCACUUUGCACUGGGUGACAGCCUUUGGAUGCCGAGCUGCAUUGUAAACUGGGGACAGAUGGUAAACCUGGUAAACUCUUCCAAGCAAUCAGAUUGACACAAAAAUGCCAAAGCAGUCGCCUGAUCCCUUCUACACGCUGCGUGGCCACAGCGGUCCAGUUUCUGCAGUACAUUUCUUUUCGUCGAAGUUGUACUCUGGUUCGGGAAGUGGCGAAAUAUACGCCUGGGAUCUUGAGACAUUCAAAAAGGCGACACUCUUUCAUGAUCAUGACCGAGCGGGCAUUUUAUGGAUUGGUCACGUGUCUGACGCGUUAGUGACGCAGGGAAGGGAUGGCACGAUUGGUGUCUGGAAAGAAAGCACUGGUUCCUGGCAGAAACAUGCAACAUUGCAAACAACCUCCAAAGGUUUCUGCCAAUGCAGUGCACUGAAGUCAUCAUCCCCUUUGCUAGCAUCACCACACGGCGAUGACGACACUGCGAUCAAUCUUUGGAACCUGGACACGUGUACAGUUGUCAUCACUGUAAAACCGUCGGGCUCCGAAAAAGUAGGAAUGGUGAUGUGCACGAGACUGUGCAGAGACGGCAACCUUCUCGUGGCUGGCUACGAGAAUGGCAGUGUGAUUUCAUUUGACUGCCGCAGUGGAAAGCCAAUCAGCAGCGUUGUUUGCUUCAAGCAUCCAGUCAUGUGCAUGGAUAUUGAUGACUGUCACCGAAUGAAAGGGUUGUGUGGCUCCGUUACAAAGACACUGUGUGCAUUUGAAGACUUUCAGGACCUCAGACUGAGCAAGGAAGUUGCUGUUGUGAAUGAAGGCUUUGCAUCAACAGCCAUUCGCUCUGAUGGAAAGAUAGCAGCAUCCGGUGGGUGGGAUGGUAGGAUUCGUAUUUUUAGCUGGAGGACACUCAAGCCACUGGCUGUGCUGAACUUCCACGACGAGUCUGUGCAGAGCGUUGACUUUGCGGCGGAGAGAGUGCGUAGAGAAGGUGUUGGGGUCCUAGCUGCUGGUGCCAAGGAUGGAAUUGUCAGCUUAUGGUCUGUUUACACAGACUGAAGUGUUAUCUGCCUUCUUUUCAUAAAAAAAAAAAUUUUGUUCACAGA